AUGCCUGCAAAGGAAGACACGAGCGAUGAAUACCUCAGUGACAACAGCGACGAUACGCAUGAGAAGCACAACCGCUUGGCACCACCGCAUGCACCAAAACAGGUACCACCACCACCAUCUAGCAUGACAACUAACUCACUCGCAUGCGUGUCUCUAAAUGGGCCCUUUUUCGUGGCGUGUCGUGGUAUUCACUUCGGAAAAAUGAUUGCCUAGAUUAAACAGCCCUAUGUUAGUGCUUUCGGCGCCCGAAAUGUUGCCAUUUCGCUCGGGGCAAUCAACUUUUUCUGCUCAGAUUAAACGUGCCCCUAACUUGCUCCAGAACUUUUUGUUUGUUUGGCUUCAAUCCAAGAUUUGGCGUUUGUGCACAAAAAAGACGUGUCCCUACUACGUCCCCUUAAUCGCUAAUCUCCCAAUUUGCUUGCUUCCUAUCCCUCCCAGAAAGGGAAAGUUCCGAAUAGUGACCACUACGGACGUUUGUCUCUCAAAAAGGAUUAGUGGUCCUUUCUUUCCUCCACUUGCUUUUUUCUUCCGUCAGCCAUUUUUAAACCCCCUGCAUAGUACAGUAGGCUUUCCCCUUCAGUCAUCUUCUGCCCUUUCCGGAUAUAACAAAGCCAGAGAAAGAAAAUUAGAGAUUCAUCAGCGAACUAGAAAGACACAAACGCCCCAAAAAAAGUCUACAGAAUGGAUAAACGGAAGGUCCAUCCGUCCGUCCAUCCGUCCGUUUCUCUUCUUUUUCUCUCUUCUGGUCCUGCUCGUGCUGAUGCUGCUGCUUCUUCUUCUUCUUUCUCCAAACCCUUAAAGUUCAUACAUCGUGUUGUUUUCGAGUUCUGGACAGGGACGGCGAGUGAGAAGAAGGGAAGGAGAGACUCAUUGAGGAGAAGCUGUUUUUCGAAAAAAAAAUGUUGUUUUUUGCCCUUCUUGGCUUUUAUUUUUGGCAGAGUACAACAUGUGAAUUGCGAAAUGCAGACACACUUUUCGUGCAGAACUCUGCGUAUUUUUCUGGAAAAAACACGAGGCGACGGACCACUGCACACCGCGCUUUCCUAAGGAAAAAUAGAAAGUUCGUGUCUUCGUGUCUGGAAAUGGAAGGGAGGGACGGAACAAAGAAAAAGUGAAAGAGUUUCAGGUAGAUAGAAAAGCCCGCGGAGCACGAGUUAUCUAAUCAUUGGGUGUCCUUGCCAUAACCUUUUGCUUCUGGUUAUUCGUGCCAUUCUCUCCAACCUUGUUAUUUGCAUGCACUUUUUUCCGCCUUCAAACGUCCCAUGACAUGAUAAGAAUUUUUUUAAUGCCUUAAACAUGGAAUACAUGUUUUCUCCUUAAACACAACAGCCAUUUUUGUCGUCUCCCUCUUCCACACUCUUUUAAUUGAAUUUUGUUUCAACCGCCAUGCCGAUUCCUGAUUAAUUCUCUUUUUUUGCAGGUGAAAUCUGAUUGUUCGCAAGGAGCAUUUCACGCAAUAGCUACGGGAGAUUGGAGGUUUCAGAUGCCAGUUCAAUUCAGUAAUUUUGUUGCGAAACCGCCACUGUUAGCGUAAUUUGCAGUUUACUCGAAGAAAUAUACUGAACGCUCGUUUUUUGCAGAUCAGAAUGGCCACCUUCGGACUGGCGUGCGAACAACAAUAGCUUGGGAAGCUGGGAUAAAUACAUUGGUCAACCACCAUCGGAAAUUCCGCAACAUUUGGCAGCAACGACAUACGAUAAUUCAUCACUGACCAUGCUGACAGCUCAACAACCCGGAAUUGAGGACAAAAUCCAUCCGAAUGGAUUCUCGAGUCCGAAGGAGGUUCGUGAAACGACUAAUGCAUUCAUUAUAAUUAGUUAUUUAUGGUUUGCAGGACGGAAGAAAAUCUAGCGAGCACACCAAUUCAUACGAUGUUUCUGCGUCGCAGUCACCAAGCAACGAUGCUCAGUCGGAGGGGACUGUUGAUGAGCAAAUUGACGUGGAAUGCAUGACGCAGACAGAGGAAAUGGAAACUGAUGACAAGGAUGUUACCAUCAAGGAUGAGCCGGCAGAGACGAUUGAAGUUAAAAGUAACACUUAUUACGACUGUCAAAUAAAACAUUACGAAAAAACUUUUAGCACCCGUUCCUAUGCUUCCCGCUCCAAUUGCUAUCAUCCCAGUACAAAACGGCGGGACACCGAAAAUGCCUACUAUGGAAGAGACCCAAAGGCUACUGGCUCUUUCACAGUCGCAGUUCCAAGAAGUUAUAGCAGAAGCAGCGAAGAUCAAAAAGGCCUCCGCAGAAUCUAGCUUUGGGUUCAUGAGGAGCGGCUCAUCGGCCUUUUCCAACAUUGAACCCAAGGCUGAGGUGCGCUCGCCAUCUGUCAUCUCCGACUCGCAUGCUUCCACCAUCAUCACGAGUCCGACACUGUCCACUCCACCAGCAUCUGCUUCCUUCUGUAGGCCGCCCGGACUCGGCCCAGUUGCAGUUUCGGCAGCACAACAGAAUGGAUCUAUGUUCGUGUGUCCAGUUUGUGGAUUUACGUGCCCAUCAAAGUUCCACUUCAACAGUCACAUGAACACCCAUGGAGAUCAUCAGUGCAGCAUGUGCGACUACACGAGCAGAACCGAAGGAAGGCUGAAGAAACACAUGAGGGACUCGCACACCGUGGAAGAACAACUCAGGGUUGGGCUGGAAUUGGAACCAGCAAAGGAAGCCGCGGGAAGUUCGCCAAAGACGGACGUGUUCUCCUCUCCUACCAAGGAAAACAGUGCCAGCAGCCCGAUCUUAGAAACUUUCAACCUCUCCACCACUAUGGCCUCUCUUCUCGACUCCACAAACAGUGCGAUCGCUGCCAUUUCUUCUACGGACCAGCCGUCGUCUCUGCCGAGUUCGAUCAAUUUGGAUGUGUCUUCAACCCCAACGCUGCUCUCUACUCUUGCUCAGGGAACAAUCAGCUCCUCGGCUUUGGAUCAGAUCAAGGCAUUCGCAGAGAACACCAACUUGUUGCCAGAGAACGGAAUCAGUCUGGUCUCGGCAUUGAGGGAUGUUUCACAAGCCAUCAAAGGCGAGCCAGCUUCAUCUCCCGAGAAGCAGUCAAACAGCGAGACUCGGAAGACGAGCAGUGGAAAGACGAAAAUACUCAAGUGCAAGCAGUGCGGACAUCACAGUAUGUCGAAGGACGAGCAGUGGGCUCACGCGAGGACUCACAUUCCAGCCGAAAAGCAAUUGAACUGCCAACACUGCAACUUUGUAACCGAGUACAAACAUCACUUGGUAAGCAUCGGAAACUGUGAAACUAUUGAUUACCUUAUAAGUUUUCAGGAAUACCACUAUCGCAAUCACAUUGGAAGCAAACCGUUCCAAUGCAAGAAGUGCACUUACACCUGCGUUAACAAAUCGAUGCUCAACUCGCAUAUGAAGAGUCACACAAACCACUAUCAGUUCAAAUGUAUGGAUUGCAGCUAUGCCACCAAAUACUGUCAUAGUCUAAAGGUAGCGUCAUCUAGAACCAUAAGCACAAUAUAACGUUGAAAUUUUCAGUUGCACUUGAAGAAGUAUGGUCACAGACGUGUUCCGGAAGGACUCGAAGUAAACGGAGAGAUUUCGCCGAGCCAGGCGUGCACCGAACGUUCCCUGAACUUCAGCCCGACAAUCAUCAAACAGGAAAUCAAAACAGAAGGAGCGGAUCCAGUCACUCCAAUCGCUCAGCCAUUCGCCUUCAACCCGUUGGUUGCUAGCCAGAGCCUGAAUUUUGCCAAUCAGAUGCUGUUGAACAAGAACUUUGACGUCGGACUCAUGGCUGCUAACCUCAGAAAUGCGACGAUGCAGUCGUUCAAGUGUCCAGUCUGUGAUGUUGUGUGCUCGUCCCAUGAAGAACAGAUGAGGCACAGCAUGUCCCACAUUCUCUCGUCCACCAGCGUUCCAACCACCAUUGCAAAUCUCUACAGCAGUCUAAAUCUUCCAACUCUUGGCCAUCUAAAACCGAAAGCUGAAGUGGUUCAAGAAGACAUGGAGGUUGAGGUCAAGAUUGAAGAUGAUAUCGAAGAUAGUCAGUGUGGUGAAGAAGAAAUGGAUCAGAGCAGCGACUUGGCCGUUUCUCCGACCGGAAGCGCGCAGAGUGAGCAAAACAAAACAUGUGCAGCGUAAACAAUUUUUUAAUUUGCAGCAAUCUCUUCGACAGAGGAAGAGACAAAGAAGUGCAAGCCGCUCACGUUGGAGCAGCUCACCCAGCAUCUGAGGGGAAACAGCCCUAUGAGCAACGACAGCGCUGUCGUGAAAGAUGAAGAAGUAAGAAAAACAGGAGAAGUAGGGCACAGUUUCUAAUCCAAUGAUUUCAGAGCCUGUCCGAAGACACUCCGCAUUCUCCAUGCGACACCACCUCGGUGUCUUCUCCUCCACACACUCAAGUUCCCAUUGCUGCCCCAAUUCCACUCCUUCCACCUCAGGAUGCUUCGGUUCUCCAGGCUCUUCUCCAGCAUGCGACGAUGGCUUACAACAUGGCCAACAGAGGUGCUCAGUUUCCGUGCAAUCAGUGCACCGCCUCUUUCCCGGUCAGUCAACCCCUCAAUAACUUCCAAUCUUAUUUUGACUCUUUUUUAGACGCAAGCUGCGCUGACUGCUCACAUUCACACCCACAGCUAUGAGAAUCCGUUCCGAUGUGGAAAGUGCCAGUUCCAGGCUCCAGAUUCGCUGACCUUUGCCAUCCAUCUGUUCCAGUCUCGACAUGGAUAA